AUGGAAAUGGAAGUUGAAUUCGAUUGCUAUGUAGAUGGUGACACUAGAAACAGAAGAUUUAAAUGCUUGAACUUUAAAAAGAGAGAAAAUGAAAAGGAAAAGCAAGAAAGAGAAUAAAAGAAACUCCAAAGAGAAGAACAAAGAAAGGCUGCCUCAGUUACUGUUAUUAAAACUGAAGCUGAACCUGCUAAGCCUUCUAAAAAUAUUAUUAGCGCUCGUAUGACUAAAGAAGAAAAGAAUAAAAUAUAUGAAUAAGAUAUGGUGGAAAAUAAACCUAAAGGCAAAUAACAUAAGAUGAAAUGCUUUGUGAGUAGUCAUAAAAUUUGA